UGAUCGCGCCUGGGAUUGUCACAAAUUGCUGACUGCAGUAUGUGUUCACCAUUUGGAAACAGCUAUUUAUGUUUGCACCAUGGUUCGGGCAGCAGCAAAAGCCUAUUACAGGUUUAUCUUGCUCAUUUUCAACUGCCUGCUGACAUUUGGCCCCUACUUCUGCUUUGACAUGCCCAGUGUGCUUCAGCAGCAGUUCCAGGGGAAUCUCACUUGUCUCAAUUCCACUGAGACCAAUAGGACAACAGAUUGUGUCGAGGGCCUGGGGAUGACACCGCAGCAGUACAAUCUUCUCUACGCUAUCUAUGCAUGGACCAACGCUGUGGUGGUGAUACUGUCUGGUUUCUUCAUUGACAAGCUGGGAAGUGGUGUUGGGAUCAUCCUUUUCUCCAUCCUUAUUGUUCUGGGUUCGGCUACUUUUGCUUUAGGAUCUCACUUCAAGGGCACAUGUUACCUCUUGCCUCUGAUGUUCAUUGGCCGACUUCUCUUUGGCUCAAGCAAUGGAUCACUGAUCAUUGCUCAGGACCGAAUUAUUGCAUUCUGGUUUAAAGGUAAGGAGCUUUCGCUGGCUUUCGGCCUACAGUUGACUUGUUCCCGUCUGGGCAGUGUCCUCAACUUCUUCCUAACGUCCUCCAUUGAGAGAAACUUUGGAAUUCAGUGGACACUUUGGGGAGGUAUGUUGCUGUGUGUUCUUAGUUUUGUCUUCACCAUCGUUGUUAGUGUCCUGGAUAAAGUUGGCACAAAACAGCUUGGACUAGAUGCUGUCCUUCUGGAGGAUUCUAAAAAAGUGCGUUUCCAAGAUAUUCGUUAUUUGUCUCUCCGCUACUGGCUCCUUGUGGUCACCAUCAUGUUCUUUUACAACGGGAUCUUCCCAUUUGUUGCUGAUGCCAGCAAAUUUAUUCAGGAUAAAUAUUCUGGGUACAGUCAGCAAGAAGCCUCCUAUAUUGCUGGUGCUAUCUACGAUGCCUCACUGCUGCUGUUUUCAGUCGCUGGGAUCCUUGUUGAUUAUGUUGGUCUGAGGGCAGUAAUUGCUCUGAUCUCUGCUGUACUGACACUCCCAGUUUUUGCGCUCCUGGCUUUCACCUUCGUACCCCCUCUGGUUUCUACAAUAUGGCUGGGAGUUACCUAUUCGUUUGCUGCUGCAAGUUUAUGGCCAUCAGUUUUCUUGGUAGUUCCUCAAGCAAAUAUCGGAAUAGCUUUGGGGCUUGCAACAACAGUGCAAAUGAUUGGUAGCGGACUUUGUAAUUUAAUAGUUGGACAGCUUCUUGGAAACCAGUCUAGGAGCCUGAAAAUUCCAGUGUGGCACUGGCAGAGAGUGAUGAUCUUUCUUCUGGCGAAUAUCAUCAGCUGUGUCAUAGCCUCCAUCUUCCUUAACAUAGUGGACAAACAGGAGGGUGGUGCACUGAAUAAGACCACUAAGCGUUCAGAAGCAGUACAAGAGGAAACUCAAGAACCAUCAGAAACAUCCCCUUUGCUGAGAGAGCAGUGAUGAGAAGAGAAUUAACUGAGAUCACAGGAACAGUAACUUGCUUCUCUUUCAUUAGAAAUUGGUGAACUAAUCUGCCACAGAAUGACCUUUGAAUACAAAGAGAUUCACCAGUGAUCAAUAGUCAUUCUUCUAGAGAAUUUAUUAAACCUAUUAAUGCCUGGUGCUCUCACUUUUAGUUACCCAUGAAUCAUCAAGGCAACAAGUAUCUGUCUGAAGUAUUGGUGCAGGAGAUAAAGUCAGUGUAGAGGCAUUGAUUUUUCUGCUGCUCUCUACAAAACCAGUAUUUGGGCUGCUUCUAGACUUGCAAAGAAAAGAUUUUAAUUUUCAAUCAGUGUCAAGUAAAGCAGCUUUCCUUCUUUACAGCACAUCUAGCUUCAGGAUGGCACAAGUGCUUGUAACUAAUUACUCAAGUAAAUGACUUAUUUCAUAGGUCACUGUGUGCCUUUUAACCUCUGAUCAGAUUUAAAACAAAAUGUAUCUAAAGUAACUGUUUCUCUUGUGCUGGUUUUCCAAUUUUUAUGGGUGUAUAUUUCAUGAGUUAAACACUGACUGGACUCCCAUUUAUAUUUUGUAAUAUUAUCAUGAUUGUACUUUCAUGGUUUCAUAAACUUAAUUCAACUGAUUUGUUCAGUCAAUCUUCUGAUCCCUCAAAAGCAAACUGUCAUCAGCACUGCACAUACUUAUUACUAGUUGAUGGCUAUAUAUAAAAAAAAUCACAACUUCA